UUAGAAUUAAUUAAUUUAUUAUUUCAUUAUUUAUAUUUAUCUAAUUAAGUAGAAAAAAUAAACAAAUAUCUUACUUUCAUUAUAAUACAUAUUAGAUUUGAAAACAAAGCAUUUGUAAAAAGUAAAAAUAUUUUUAGAAUGAUUAAAGCUGAAGAUUUCGAUAUUUAAACAUGUAUUAUUGUUUGGAAUUAGCACAUUGAUGGAGGAUCUAAGGAGCUGACUAGUCUUAAUAAUAAUUUUAUUUAAAUUAAGUCUUUAUAAAAUGGAUAGAUUUCGUCAAAUAAGUAGGAGUAGAUAAAUGAAUUUAUCUAAAAAUGCGAAACGAGCUUGGCAAAAUUAAAUGAAAUCUUAUCAGACUUGAACAAAAUUGUAAUUAUCAGUGGUGAUACUUACUCUAAAGAAAAAUAAAAACUAUAUGAUGCUUAAGCUGACGAUGAAGAUGAUUAUAGUAAAUUGAGCAAAUUAGAAAAGUUUAUGGAAAUGUUAGAAUCUGCCUAUCAAGUUUGUUAAUCCUGUGUGAAAAAGUUUACAUAUGACAUAAACCCAACUGAGUUAUAAUUGAUUCUCUCUAGAUGGUAAUUAGGUUAAAUUGAAAAUGAAUUAUUUGCCGAAACAUUUGACGCUGAAGAUUUACAGCUUUGA